AGGGCGGGCAGGGCGGGCAGGGUUGCGGGCAGCGGCCGCUGUGGCGUGGGGCCUCGCCCGGUAGACGGCGGCGGAACGGAGCGGGCAGAGCAGAGGUUCUGAAUUGUGCCUGAACCGAGCACUGAGAGCAGCCCCCGGAAGCAGCAGCGGGGUGACCAGCAGCCAUGACAACGGAGACGGGCCCCGGGUCGGAGGUGAGGAAUGCGCAGGAAGAGGCUCCGCAGCAGCAGCUGGAGGCGGCUGCCCACGGCCCCACCGCAGCCCCCAACCCCACUGGCCGGGACAGCGACGCCAACGAGAAGCCCGGGGCACAGUCCGAUGCCCGAAAUAUGGAGCCAGGCACAGACAUGGAGGACAAGGACUACAGUGAGACAGAUGGGCUCUCUGACAAAACAACCCCCAGCAAGACCCAGAAGUCACCCCAGAAAACCACCAAGAAAGUGAAGAGUGCCCUGUGCAGGGUGACCCUGCUUGAUGCCUCCGAGUAUGAGUGUGAGGUGGAGAAACACGCCCGAGGCCAGGUCCUCUUUGACAUGGUGUGCGAGCACCUCAACCUCCUGGAGAAGGACUACUUCGGCCUCACCUUCUGUGACUCAGACAGCCAGAAGAACUGGUUGGACCCCUCCAAGGAGAUCAAGAAGCAGAUCCGCAGUGGGCCCUGGAACUUUGCCUUCACUGUGAAGUUCUACCCUCCAGACCCUGCCCAGCUCACAGAGGACAUCACAAGAUACUACCUGUGCCUGCAGCUCCGUGCAGACAUCAUCACGGGGCGCCUGCCCUGCUCCUUCGUCACCCAUGCCCUGCUGGGCUCUUACGCUGUCCAGGCCGAGCUGGGCGACCACGACACCGAAGAGCACGUGGGCAACUAUGUCAGUGAGCUCCGCUUCGCCCCCAACCAGACACGGGAGCUGGAGGAACGCAUCAUGGAGCUGCACAAGACUUACCGCGGAAUGACCCCUGGGGAAGCAGAGGUCCACUUCCUGGAGAAUGCCAAGAAGCUCUCCAUGUACGGGGUGGACCUGCACCACGCCAAGGACUCAGAGGGCAUUGACAUCAUGCUGGGCGUCUGCGCCAACGGCCUCCUCAUCUACAGGGACCGGCUGCGCAUCAACCGCUUCGCCUGGCCCAAGAUCCUUAAAAUUUCCUACAAAAGGAGCAACUUCUACAUCAAGAUCCGCCCGGGUGAGUAUGAACAGUUUGAGAGCACCAUUGGCUUCAAGCUGCCCAACCACCGCUCAGCCAAGCGGCUCUGGAAGGUCUGCAUAGAGCAUCACACCUUCUUCAGGCUGGUGUCCCCAGAGCCACCCCCCAAGGGCUUCCUGGUGAUGGGCUCCAAGUUUCGGUACAGUGGGCGGACGCAGGCACAGACGCGACAGGCCAGUGCCCUCAUCGACCGCCCAGCUCCGUUCUUCGAGCGCUCCUCCAGCAAACGGUACACCAUGUCUCGCAGCCUUGAUGGAGAGUUCUCACGUCCAGCCUCCGUCAGCGAGAACCAUGAUGCUGGGGCGGAGGGUGAGAAGCAGGAGGAGGACGGUGAGUUUGGCAGCAGGAGGCAGUCUGAAAUGGAGGAUGAGGAGGUGACCACCCCGACGAAAAUCAAGGAGCUGAAGCCGGAGCACGAAACAACCCCCAGGCACAAGCAGGAGUUUUUAGACAAGCCAGAGGAUGUUUUGCUGAAGCAUCAGGCCAGCAUUAAUGAGCUGAAGCGGACCCUGAAGGAGCCCAAUAGCAAACUGGUUCACAGGGACCGGGACAGGAGGCUGCCUUCCUCACCAGCCUCUUCCUCACCCAAGCAUGAGGAUGAAACGCCAAAGGGAACACCUGAAAAGGCCAGUGAGACGAUGGAAGAGGACACCCUAGACGAUUUUGCAUCAGAGCAUGGACCUUCCCUAAGCAUGGAGUCUUUCACGCAGAAAAGCCUUGUCUCCUCUCCUGAGGGCUCAGAGCAUUGGGUAUUUAUAGAGAGAGAAGCCCCUAGGCUGGAAGCAGUAGCUCUGAGGAAAGUUCUGGGAGUCAAGAAGGAAGAAUCACGUGCAGGUACCUCGGAGGUGAACACAAGUGUGAGCCUGUUGAAGGUGGAGGUGGCAGUAGGGAAAGCCAAGGAAGUGACAGGCCAGGAAGAGCCCUCAGCUGCAGCCCUGGACACACGGAAGAGAGCCAAAAUGAUUGCCAGUCCCGAGGAUUUUGAGUCUGUCUGGGAGGAUGAGAUCUAUGAGAAGGAAAGCAGAGACAGCCCAGAGACAGCACAUCUGCCCACUGACAGCACAGAGAAGGAGCCCCAGGGUGAAGGAGCAGCCAGUGGUGAGCCGGGGCUGCCCAAGCCCUGUCAACAGCCUGAAGAGAGACAAAGGGCCAAGAUUUUAGGGCCAGAGCAUCCCAAGGGAGAAGGCAAGGUGCUCUCCAGUGAGCAUGCUUCUGCAGCCUCCAGGAAACAGGAGGCCAGAGUGCCAGGCACAGCCACAGAGCUCCUGAAAACCAAAGUGAAGGCUGGAGAUGACAGCUCAGAGACUUCUGCGACCCAGAGGAUCAUCUACUUAGGAGAUCCAGAGGGAGAGGAGAAGGACAGUAAAACACAACUUACCUUGGACACUAGUGAGUGGCUUGGCUUGGAGGAAAUAUCAGAAGCCACAGUGAACACGUCCAGGGAGGGAUCUGGGCACGCAACACCUGCAGCAGAAGGGUUCCAACCCCCUUCUUCAGCAAGUCACCAACACAGGGCAGUGUCUGGAAAACCUACCGGAGCACCAGAGCAGCCCAGGAUGGGCUGUGACGGGACCAGCCUGGUGGGACGUACCCUCUCAGGGUGGGAGAAGGAGUUGUCCCUGCAGCCAGAGAAAGCAUCUGCUGGGAUGCCCAGCUAUGGAGCACCUGCAGGAAGUGAAGCCCUGCUGUGUUCCCAGGAGGUGGAACCAGAGGAGACAGAGCUGCAGAGCCCAGUGAGAGGCCUAAAGCCAUGUGGCCUGGCAGGGGAUGGCCACGGGGCUGAGGAGCGCAGAGGGAGCCCAGCACAGUGCACAGCAGGGGAGGAGCUCUUGGGAGCAGAUGGUGACAAGGAGGAAAGUGCCAGAGUGGUUCUUCAGAUGGAAGAGAUAGAGACCAAGUCUCCUCUCUCAGCUGUGUCUUGGCCAGGCCAUGCUCACACUGUGGGGUUGGAGGGAAAUAAACCCAGUGCUCCUGCCCCUCCACCCAUUCCCCAGCAAUCCAGCCCUGUCCCUGUGGAUCCAGCUCCAGGCACCAAGCCCAAGGGCACAGAGCUGUCCCAGAACACCAGCCCCGUGAGAGGGGUGGGCAUGCCCAAGGGUAUGGGCCCCUCCGUGGAGGUGGCACUACCCAGGGAAACUGAUCCUGAAUCUGCAGAACAACACCAAGAUACAGGAUUUACCUCAUGGAAACCACAACAAGGAACAAGUCCUGGUGCAGCAGAACCACCCCAAAACACAGAUAUUGCAGCAGAGUCAGUCCAGGUCAGAGACACAGCCACCAGGGAGGUGGCUCAGGACAUGGACCCUGCCACAGCACAGAGCAAAGUCCCUGCCCCCAAAGUGCCACUGCAGGAGGAGAAACCCAUGAUAAAAGAGUUCUUCCAAGGUUUGGGGCCCACAUCAGGGAAGCUGACUGGAGAUGAAGGCUGUGAGAUGGAAGAACUGCCCCAAGAUAAAAGCCCUGGUGUGAAAGAGCUACCACCCCAAGCAGAAGAACCAGAAAAACAGACAGAGGCCAUCAUGAGAGACCUGCCCCAAGAGGGUUCCAUGGCUGGGGAGCUGCUCCACAUUGCUGAUCCCAAAGCACAGGAGCCACACUGGGACUCAGAGUUUAAUGUGGGACAAGAUCUGCAGGGCAGGAGCCCAACAGUAGGAGAAACCACCAGGGCCAGUGACCUAGCUCCAGGGCAACCACUGCAGAAUGACUCUCUUCCCAAAGAAGCUGCUGACGUCUCACACUUCCAGUCCCCUGUAUUAGGAUUGUGCCAAGGAAGUGAGACGUUCCGGCUCUCUGCCUGGGUGGAUGAAGGUGGAGAAGAGCUGCAAGUGAGUGGUGGGACACAUCAAACAGAGCCUGAGUCGCUGGUGUGCGUGGCUGGGCAGGCAGGUGCUGUGUCCCAGGGGCACAGAGAUGUCAACGUGGCCCCAGGAAGCUGGGAGGACAGCAAGAGCUACGGGAAAACCUCUGUGGCCUCUAAGAUAAAGAUGUUCGAGCAAAAUGAAGUGGAGCGAAGGGAGGCCCAGGAGGGACAAGAGCGGGUGCCUGAAGCUGGGACAUCAGCGAAAGCGAAAGGGAAGACAGGUCUGGCACAGGACAUGCCUUUGAGCACCUGCCUCGCCUCACCACCAGCAGUGGAACCUGUGUCCAGUGUGAGCUCCUUGGCCCUUGGGCAAGGGGCUGGUUCAGGAGACAUCUCCCAGCCUCACUCCCCGAAGGAAGAUCUCUCUGUUGAUCUGGAGCACAAAGAAGACAAUGCUGAUCUGGCCUCCCCCGACUCUGGCUGCGAGCUCACCCUGGCUGAGGCCAUGAGAGCGGGUGUGAGGGAGGGCACCGAGGAGAGACCUAAACCACCUCGGCACAGGGCCCCCGAGAGCGACACCGGCGACGAGGAGCCUGACCAGGAGAAGGACUCAGUCUUCCUGAAGGACAACCACCUGGCCAUUGAGCGCAAGUGCUCCAGCAUCACGGUCAGCUCAACCUCCAGCCUGGAAGCAGAGGUGGACUUCACUGUGAUCAGUGACUUCCAUGGCACAGCCUUUGAGGACAUCUCACGAAGCCUGCCCGAGCUGGACAAGGACAAGAGCGAAAUGGAAGACGAAGGCCUGGUUUCCUUCCAGCACACUGACAAAGUAGUUCCUGGACUGGAAGAGGAUGUCAAAGGCAGGGAGAAGGUCUCCCAGCCUAGCCCAGAUGUCUCCCAUCUAGAGCCAUCAGCCCCAAAAACAGAUGCUGUGAUGGUCGGCCCGGGGCUGGGUGUGAAGAAGCCUGAAGCAGAUGGCUCUACUCCCCACCGGGUUAGCACCACAGACACAGUCCAGCAGGUGGACGGAGGCACCCCAGGCAGCAGGGACACCACUGCCACUGCCCCGGCUGGCACCACAGAGAUGGUGCUGGUGACCUCAGAUCACAGCACCAAGGCUGGGAAAGGGGCCACUUCCACCACAGACCUUCGCUCCCUCUCACCGAUCUCUGGCGGCUCCUCUGGGAAGGAGAUGCUCACCAGCAUAUUCAGUGCCACUGCAGAAACCCUCUCUACUUCCACCACCACCCAUGUUACCAAGACUGUGAAAGGGGGAUUUUCUGAGACCCGGAUAGAGAAGCGCAUCAUUAUCACAGGAGAUGAAGAUGUGGACCAGGACCAGGCACUGGCUUUAGCAAUCAAAGAGGCAAAACUCCAGCACCCUGACAUGCUGGUAACCAAAGCUGUGGUAUACAGAGAAACAGAUCCCUCUCCAGAGGAAAGGGACAAGAAACCUCAGGAAUCUUGACCAACAUGUUCCUUAAAGUCAACAUCUGUAUUCCAACCUGGAGAACAGGGGAGAAGGAGCCUUCAUGCUGGAUUUGUCAGCAAGACAUAGACAUCCUAGCUGCAAUGUUCAUGGCGAAGAGACAAAAAUUUUUAAAAAAGGAAUAGCAAAUAUAUUAUAUAUAUAUAUACAUACAUACAUAUAUAUAUAUAUAUAUAUAAACAGGAAACAAAAUGCAUCCUUGCACUGCUGCUAUAUGCUGGAAAUGAAUAGCAAAAAACACCACCAACAAACAAAGUCAACCCACUGCAGAUAAAUUGAAGAAUUUCGUGGAUUGGUGAUCAAAUAAGAUUUAAAAAGUAAUAAUAAUAACAAUAGUAUCGGUAACAAUACAAUAAGCCACCAUCUUGCAUGUUACAUUAAAGGAUACACAAUCAUGAGUUCAUUUGUUGCACACUGAAUGGAAAGGAAAACUGCUUUGCAACAAAGCAAGAAGUAAGCAAACUGAAGUAAAAAAACACAAGCAGAAGCAAAACUAUUCCCCACCUCUGGAAAGAAGAGAGAAAAACUCUGAAUUUAUGACCAUAGAGUUAUUUUCCAAUUCACAAGUGUCGUUUUGCCCUUCUCCUCAUUCCAUGCUGGUUCCUCUGCAUUUUUUUGGGUUCUGUUAACUCUUCCCCUUCCCUUCCUUAUCUUCUCUGUGCACUUGUCCAACCUCUUGUUCUCUGAAGGUAUUUAGGAAUGGAUUUCAUUUCAAACAAAGAAAAUGAUAUGUAUAUGGUUUCUCAUCUCUAAAGAGCAACCUGUGGGGUUUCAUAUGGAUGUGCAUUUCAGUUAUGUAUAUUAUUAUAUAUAACAAAGGGGGAGGGAGGGAACAAUGCUGAAAUAAUUCAACAGUGCUGGUAAAUAUGAUGCCGACAUUUUUAAAUUAUUAACUCUUUGAUUGACUGUGGUUGGUGUAUUUUGAGACUCUUAGAUCACACAUGGGACUCUGAGUCCUGCAAGAAGAGAACUGAGAAGGUUUCAGCUGCUGCUAGUUGGGGGGGGAAGAUGAAAGGGCAAGAGACAGGAAUGUCCCUCCAGCUGAUCUGCAGUGUAUGGUGGUUAGAUUUGGAGGGGCAGCAGUGACUCGGAGGGGUAAGGAAGGGGGUUGAGGCUCCAGCUGCAACAGCUGUUGGCAGAACGGUCUCCUGGCCCCCAGCUGGAGCCAUGGGAUCAGCAGGACUGUGUUCAUUGCUCCCUUCCAGCCCUGCCAGUCGUGGGGGUGGUUUUGCUUUGUUUCUGGAUCCCAGUAAUGAAGUUACUUGAGCUUUGUAGUAGUGUCAAAGGCAGAGAGGCUGUUUCUGCCCUGUCUGCCCUGCUACCUGAGGUGUGAUGGCAAGGGCUGCCCGAGGCACUUGGGCUGGGGACAGCAAUGGCAGGGCCGUGGCAGUCCUCCCCUGACCUGCCUAGGAGUGGGCAGUGGAGCGACCGUACUGUGUCCAUCACUGCAGAGCGUCCGCAGCAUCCCAGGCUGGAUGGGGGAGCCCAGGCCCUCUGCAUAAGCAGGUGCGUGUUGAAGAGGUGUCAGUGGAGCUGCUCCCAGCUCAGCCCAGCUCAGCCUUCAGCCACAGGCUCCCCCCAUGGCUGCCUUUGGAAGGGGAUCAUGGACCUAGCCCAGGCCUCUGUACACUGUGAACCAGGCAGUUAAGGUAGACUCAAAACCAAAACCAGAAAGGAAAGGAAAUAAAUGGGUUUCCUUCUCGAAAUCAUCUCUAGCUCCUACAGAAACAGAAGGGCCCAUGAUUCUGCACCAUUUUGCCUUUAGUCUCCUACCCGUCACACAGACCAUGCCCAGAAAUAGGCAUGUUUUGUCAGGUCCUGCCACAGCUUGGAGGAUGCCAUGGACAGACCCUGCUCACCACCUUCACUGUCCCAGGUGGGAGCUGCUCCCUGGCAGUUGCACUGACCGGUUGCUCACCAGGACGUCCCUGUGAAGUCUGUUCUCCUGGCAGAGUGGUUUCUCCUGCAAGCAUGGAAGGCAUGACCACAAGCAGGUAGGGCUGCCAGCUCUUGAGGGUCUCCCCAGCUUCCAGCCAAGCACCUUCAGCUACUUUUAGAGAGCAGACCCCCCCAACCUAAAAGAGUUAAAGCAGUUGCGUAGGCUACUUUUCUCUCUGUUGUUUUUCCAAUGCACCCAAGCCAGCCAUGACCACCAAUGGCACUGUCAGAGGGUAAGGGGGUGCUGGAGGGCCAGUGGUCUGCCCACUGUGCUGGUGUUCAGCAGCACACAGCAUCUUUCAGACCUGGAGGAGCCCACCCAGCUUGGACACUGCCCUUGGACACCUCCACAACCCCCUCAGGGCCACUGGGACCCUCGAGACUUGCUUUUGGCGUUGUGCAGAGUCAGGAAACCGAAGGUUCCUGUGGAAGCGAGAGGCCUUACACAGUUAGACUUCACGUGUGCUUGGACUGAAGUGAGUUCUGUUUGCAGUGAGCAAACCCAGCCCCUGGCUCCCACAGCAUGUUUAUGGGUGGCAGUGUCUAAAACUUUUCUAAAAAAAAAGGAAAGAAAAAAGCUCACUGCUUGUUCCCUGGGUGAGGUGUGGUUUUCUGAUGCUCAGCUCAAGCCCACCCAUCACUGCGCUCUGUUUUUAAUAGCUGGUCACUGCUUGUUUUCUUCCAGGGGCCUUUCUGUUGAAAGGGGUGGGAGACAUGAGUGCCUGUUUUUAUCCAAUCCCACAAAUUCAUUCUGAACGUGGCCUGCGAUUGCAUGAGUAAUAUAACAAUAACAAUAAUAAUAUUUAUUUUUAUUUGAGAAGCACCUUACCAACCAACUGCAAUGCUCUGUUGUUCCUUCACUAACUCUCCUUUUCUCUUCCCUUGUUCUCCCUCUCCCCCUUUGGUCAUACUCCUUUUCAGUGCUCAGUGGUGUAUGCGUGUGUGCUCACUGUUCUUGUAUUCAAUAAAAGUGAAAUAAAUGUGUUUGAUGCUAAAUCAA